AUGGCUGACGACGCGAAGGUUCAUCAACUCAAAGAAUUGGUUAUUCAAAAACUUAAUGAAGGUGAAUUCGCGGGACUCGGUGUGCCGAAAACCGACAACAUGCGAUUAAUUCGUCAAGGAAUCGAGCUGAAGCCGAAUCAAGCGGCGAUUUCGCAGUUUGUGAUGGCAAGUGGCGAUGUUCUCCACUCGCAGUUGCCCAACCCACUAUCUCUUCUCCUUCAAAGACGCAUGAUCAUUAAUCAAGCGGACGAGGAGCCGAGCAGAGAAGCGACGAAAAUGAGGAACAUGUCGAUUUAUCAGCGCAAUUUCGAAGAAUGCGUCAAGGCGUCGAAAAGAGGCAUCAAUCCGAGCGAAAGACCUCGUUACAACGAUCCAUCGCGCGAGCCUCCACGUGAUCCGAUCCUCCGAGAUUUAGGUGAUAUGGUGGACGAUCUUGGAAACGCGCUAAUUCAAUGGAGCAGCCAGCUUCAAAUCGCUGCGGAUGUGCUUUUGGCUGAUCGGAAAUAUAAAGACGACGGCAGGCUAGAAAGAGAGAGAUGGCUAAUUGAUAAUAACAUGCAAGCAGCGAGAUAUCUUUCCCCAAUUGUAAAGCAACUGUCAGCUUUCAUUUUUCCGAUAAAUCGUGGAGAAGACCCUCGAAUAUUCAAAGUAAAAUGA